AUGAACCAUAUUUUUGUUCUACUGAGUUUUGAGGAUUUUCAAAGGAAACUGCGAAAGAAUAGAACGAUGCAACAAAUAGUAGAAGUUGGAGUAAGGGUGCGGCCAGCCAAUAAAAACGAAGUCACUUCGUCGUGUUGCGAAGUUGACGAGAAGCGCUCAGUCAUCAUUAACAACUCCCCGCGUGAGGAGUGUCACUUUGACUUUGUCGGUGAUGAAAAAAUGACACAACGAUCGUUGUUUGAAAGGGUAGGAGUUAGUAUAGUUGAUAGUUGCUUGUCUGGGUCUGCAGCGACACUUUUUGCUUAUGGCCAGACGGGGAGUGGAAAGACCUUUACUGUAUUUGGGGAUUACGAUCAUAAACAACAACAAAUCCAUAAUGUAGGGUUGGUCCCUCGUUGUCUCGAAUUACUUUUCCAAAAGAAACAACGGAACUUAGAAGUUGGUAUUUCAAUGUUUGAAGUGUAUAAUGACAUCUUUUUCGACUUGAUGAAGGACGGUGAAAAGUGUGACGUGAAAUCGGAUCUUAAAGGCACUGUUGGGGUGAAUGGUCUUGCAAUGGUUCGUUGCACGUCUUGGGAAGAGGCUUUGACAUUCACUGUGAAGGGAUAUUCCUUUCGAAAAACCAGUACAACGAAAAUGAAUGAUCAAUCUUCACGUUCGCAUUGUGUGACGUUAAUUUCUGUUGGUCGUGGGACUAUGAUAUUUGUGGACCUUGCUGGUUCGGAAAGAGUUGAAAGGUCUGGCGUCACUGGUUUGGCCAAAAUAGAGGCGGGGAAUAUCAAUAAGACUUUAACAGCACUCGGGAGAGUUAUUCGAUCACUUGUUGCACAUGACAGUCACAUUCCAUUCAGGGACUGCAAACUAACUACCGUUUUGGAAAAUGCAAUGGUACAGAGUCAACGCAUUUGCUUCAUCGCGACGAUAUCGAGUUCGGUCUCGAACGCAGUGGAGACUUGGGGAACAGUCAACUUCGCGAAGAACACAAAACAGAUGAAAAUCCGCGUUGUCAGAAAAACACAAGAACUCACAUACGACGAACUGAAAAUGGAAAACAUCAAACUCAAAACAGAGAACCAAGUGCUGAAGAACGAACUCAACUCAAGGAAGCGAGCAGACCCCUCGCCAGACAAUUUCCAAUUUCACAAAAUCAUGGUCCAAACAAAGGAGAUGAAACACAUGAUUUUGAAUAAUCCGUCGGUCGACGCACUCACGGGGGAAAAGAAUGCGUUGUCAGAGGAUUUGAGAGAGGCAAGAAACCGAAUCAAAGAACUCGAAAUAAUGUGCGAAGAAAAGGAUUUGCAAAUUGCCAAUUUGUUGCAAACGGAGAAGGAUUUCCAAGACCAAAUCGACGAAAAAAACGAAGAACUUGUUGGAAUGGAGGAAUGCGCUAGAGACACACAAAAGAGGUUUUCUGUGUGCGCGAUGAACACGAGUACCAGUGGAUUGUUAUUAUGA